AGACCUAUUGAUCAUGUUGAGAUGCCCAAUCUCAUUUUACAAAAAGUCUAUUUGUCCAAUAAUGAGAUAAGUGGUUCAGUUCCUAGCUUCUUCUUUGAUCUUGUGUAUCUUACUAGUGUCAACCUUUCUUCAAAUAACUUAACUGGCAUCAUUACACCCGACAUGCUUUCGAAGCUUGUAAACCUUGAGGAUCUUGAUCUUUCCAAUAAUAGUUUGCUGUCUUUGAGCAAUAAUGGCACUGCUGUCAACUAUUCCUUUCCGAACCUCUGGUCUUUCAAAUUCUCUUCUUGCAACAUACACAAGUUCCCAAGUUUCUUAAGGAAGGCAGAGAAUUUGCAAAUAUUAGAUAUUUCCAAGAACAACAUUUCUGGUCAAAUUCACAAAUGGGAAAUAGAAGGGAUGUCGUCAUUGUACUAUUUACACCUUUCUUAUAACUUUUUGACUGGUAUAGAUUUAUUUGGUUUUAGAAAUCUUGAAAUUGUUGACCUCAGAUCUAACUUACUACAAGGAUCACCUCCCAUUAUCUCAACAACUUGGGAUUCUAUGCAACAACUCUUCAUGUCAGGGAAUAAUUUGACUAGUGUAAUCCCUUUUUCUUAUUGCAAUUUGACUUCUCUUGAAGUUCUAGAUUUAGCUAAUAAUUCUUUGGGAGGAAAAAUUCCAGAAUGUCUUGGAAACUUGAGUGAUCUCUCUGUCUUGGAUUUGCGGAUGAAUAAGUUUCAUGGUAUAAUACCAAAUUCUUUUGUCAGUGGGAGUAGAUUGAGAACACUUAACCUAAAUGACAACCAGUUGGAAGGGAGACUGCCAUCAUCUUUGGGAAAUUGUAGUGAGUUGGAAGUUCUAGAUGUUGGGUACAACUCCUUGAAUGAUACCUUUCCAUAUUGGUUAGGUGUUCUUCUGUGGCUAAAAGUUCUAAUCCUUCGAUCUAAUCGAUUUCAUGGUGCCAUCAGCAAUUCUAUGCCUGCAUUUUACUUCCCUCAGUUAAGAAUAAUUGAUGUCGCACAGAAUGAUUUUACGGGUCUCCUACCAAGUAACUAUUUCAAAAUUUUGAAAGGUAUGAGAGAUGUAGCUCCAGCUGAUAAAGCCAAAUUGGAAUACGUUGGUGAUAAUGUGCAAGUAGUAAUGAAAGGGUUAGAAGUGGAGCUUGAAAGGAUCUUGACAAGUUUCACAACCAUUGAUUUCUCAAGCAAUCGAUUCCAUGGGGAAAUUCCUAAAGAGCUAGGAGAACUCAAUUCACUUGUAUUGCUAAACUUAUCUCACAAUAGUCUCAGUGGUCAAAUUCCGUCAUCAUUGGGGAAAUUAGCAGAACUCGAGUCAUUAGAUCUCUCGUCAAACAAGCUUGAAGGCAGGAUUCCAGAGCAAUUGACAAAGCUGACGUUCCUAUCACUUUUGAAUCUUUCACACAAUGAACUUGUGGGCCACAUACCUGAAGGGAAGCAGUUCAGUACUUUCUCAAAUGAUUCCUACGUUGGGAACUCUGGGUUGUGUGGAUUCCCGUUGACAAAGAAAUGCGAACCACCAAGACCACCUUCACCACAAUUUGAUGAAGAAGAUGACUCUACAGCAGUCUUUGAGUGGAAGUUUGCAUUGGCAGGCUAUGGGUGUGGACUGGUGUUGGGACUUAGUCUGGGAUACAUUGCCUUCACUACAGGAAAACCAUGGUGGGUAGUGAAGAAAGUGGAGAAAUAUCAACAGAAAUUAGUGCAAGCAGGUGCGGAAGAUCUGGCAACAGUUGCUUCUUGAGCUUGUUUCCAUCUUUUUCAUAUAUAGUUGUAUUGACUUGUGUGGGAAUUAUGGUUAUGUAUGAAUUUGUGUUGAUUUCUUUUGGAUUUGGUGUAUCUGCUCCGUACGCGGUUCUCUUGUAUUUUGUUACUGUAAUCUUUUUUUGGUUUCGUUUUACUGAAUAAAAAUGAAAAUUUCUU